GCUUUGAAGGCCGAGGAUAAAAUAGUAAUUCUAGCCCACACAUUAAAGUAUUUGAAUUACCCACAUCAAUGUAUAUAAGGAAGAUUCACUGAUACCAUUUAUUGAUUUAUUUGUUAGUUUAUUUAACAGGGGGAAUACAGAUGCAUUCGAUAUAGGGUGUCUGCAGCCCCAUCCCUAGUUAGGCUUUUACUUAAACCAUCUAAACAAGCAUUCAGAUUUGGUAAUAACAUCAACAGGACAAAUAAAACAGAUUGUUUAUGUGUAUCUAUGUGUGUGUAUGUAUUGUACAAGACCAUGUAUGUACUGAUGUAAAUGCGCACGUGUGUGUAUAAGUAUCAAUGCACAGUAUGUAAGCAUACAGGUGACAAGUGGAUCAAUUCAAAGGUUACUGAGGGUUCACAUCUUUGUCAUUGUUUAAGACACUGUUUCAGUUGUGUGUUGAAAGAUUUAAAUUCUGAUAUACUUACUACAACUUCCAUACAAGUUGUAGAUGCUAAAACUUUAAAAUAAUGCCUACUUGUUAGAGCUUAGUCAAAACGGUUUAAAGAACACUGCCAACAUACAGCAAUAUAACAAAUUUUCCAAAGCAGCCAUCAGGCCCCAGUCUGUAUUGUAGAGCACGCUGUUUUCCCGCAGAUUGUCUUAUCAGGGGUUGGCAUAGCUGCACCCCGGGACAGCUGAUGGGAGGAGUCAACUCAACUGAACUGAUCCCCUUCAUGAGCUCCAAAAGUUGGUUUUUUGCAACAAGAGCCGGUCCUGAAUGUGUUCAACAGCCAACUAUGUUCUCCCUUUGAGGAGAACCUGUGAGGUUUUAGCCACUCCAGGCAGGCUGUGUGGGGGAGUGUCCAUGUCAACUAAUCUCCCUGGAGCCAGGUCUCAUGGAGCUCCUCAGGACACAGAUAUUGAUGUGGCUUUUCAGGAGUUGAUGGCCAUCACAGAACUGCAGUUUGAAGUCCCUGGCGAAGGCUCCUAUGAAACAACACAGUACCAAACCAUGGAGCCCAUGGUCCCUAUAGGAGGAUAUGGGAUGGCUCAGUCCCAUUCUGAGCCUCCUCCUGCGGCUUGUGUGCUCGGCACUGCUAACACUUAUGACGGAUGUUAUUCCGAAGAGGUGCCUAUCUGUCAUCCUAUGGGCAGCAACGCAGAGGCAAUGUACGGACACUCUGAAUCUCAGCUCAAUCAAAGAAUGCUCCCAGUCUCUUCACACACGCAGCCAACACUCAUGGCUCCUAGGGAACAGAUGAACAUGUCAGGUACCAGUCAAGGGCACAGGAGGGCCAACGCUUGUCUCUCUCAGGGUCUGAGUCGGCACAUGCUGUGGACUAUACAUGGACAGAGUUUGCACGCUCGCUCAGCUGAUGAUCUGGAGUCGGACUCUGGUCUGUCUCUGGGUUCUAGUCCACCUUUGGCCUCCCCAGAUAAUCCUGUUGGCGGUGCACCAGGUUACCAGAGUGUAGACAUAUGCACGACAUAUGGUGACAGUGAACAAGACAGCAUGACUGAGCACAGCAGAGGAGCACACAUCCAUUACUCAAUGGACUACCAGAGUCAAUCUCACUCAUAUUUACACUCAGGUGCACAGCAGUCUUAUUUUUCACCCCCACCCUCUUUAUCUCACACACAACCUAAUGCUCCAACUCCUUGGUCAGUGAAACAGCAGGGUCAGUCUGCUGCUCUGAGCAACCUGUACAUUGACUCUGGAGUGUCCAGCAGAGGGAGCUCUCAGCAUAACAUGUAUACAAAACCGCGAGCGAGCGUCUCCACUCAUCCUCCACUGAGCAGAGAUGAGCGCCGGGCCUUAGCUUUGAAGAUCCCAUUCCCAAUGGAAAAGAUUAUUAAUCUGCCUGUGGAUGACUUCAAUGAGCUCCUGACACAGUAUACUCUGACUGAUACUCAACUGGCACUGGUCAGGGACAUCAGAAGGAGGGGGAAGAACAAGGUGGCAGCUCAGAACUGCAGGAAAAGGAAGCUUGAGAGCAUAAUUCACCUUGAAAAAGAACUGAACCAACUCGAGGCCCAGAGAGCACACUUAGCGCAGGAAAGGCGAGAGUUCCAGCACAGCCUGGGUUUUAUUAAAUGUCGCCUUGCAGACCUCUAUUCAGAAGUAUUUUCUCAUUUAAGAGAUGAAAAUGGACAACCAUAUUCAAUAGAUGAAUACUCCCUACAGCAGACACCUGAUGGUAAAAUUUACUUGGUACCUCACACAACUUUGCAAAAGAGCGAUCAAUGCUGAAGAAUUGGAGACAGUCCAAUUGUUUAACACUCCUACAGAAGGUAGUGCCUGAUUGUGCCAACUACAAGUAAAUUAACUGGCUGGAAGUUACAUGUUCAGUUCAUGUGGGUUUGACUUAAAACGCUCCUGUUAGACUUGCCAUACUUUCAUGUAUACAUUUUUUAUGGUCUUGCAAUUGAAUGAUAGGACAAGAGUGCUUUAUAAAAAAAAUAUAUAUACUUUAUUAAAAAAAAAAAAAAAAAAAGUAAAACAGUCUGCACAGCAGUCUUUAAUUAAAAACUUAUAAAGUCUUCAGCACCCGAAUGAUUGUUUCAGCAAACCUGUGAAAACAGAAUGAAAUUAAAAUACAUUUAAAAAAACAAACACAACACACUUUGGGUGGGAAGUCAUGUGCAGGGUGUUGAUUUGUACCAUUGUCACUGAAAUGAUGUCAGGGUUUUGAGCCCACGUGUUGAGUUACCUAGAAAGCAGAAAACACCAAAUAAGUAAAAUGCAAACUUUAAAUAAAAUAAAUAAAGUGUCUU